UAGUCUAUUUAAGUGUACGGUGGUGUUAAUAAACACUAAUAAGUUCAUUAAGUUACAUUAGCUUCAUAGUCUCCCAUGAUGACGACGACUUAUGUUUUCUCAGACAUGCCACACAUCACGAUGUUUUAUGCCCAAAUCUUCACCUCUAAAUGAAGCACAUUAGCCAAGAUAUGGCUCGCAGCCCAUUGGGAGAAGAAAAUAACCAAAGCACACGUGUUUGAAUGUGACCUAGAGACCACCAUAAAGGAGAUCUUAUCGCCCCAGAUGAAAGUUGGUCUGUGAACUUCAGGUCACCUUCUUUUAGGAGUUGUCCGGAUAUACUCAAAGAAGACCAGAUACCUUCUUGCAGACUGCAGUGAUGCGUUGGUCAAAAUGUAAGUGGCUUUCAGGCCAGGACAGACAGAUCUGCCUGAGGAUGCGAUGGAGGCCACAUUAAAAACUAUCACUCUACCAGAGGACUUCACUGACUUUGAUUCCCAGCUGCCUGAUCUCAACACCAUUGAUGUGGUCGAUCACUUCUCUUUGAACCAGUGCCGCACUGAAGAUAUUACUCUCAAAGAGAACUUUGAGAACCACUUUCUCACCAUGGAGAGAAUAGGUGAGGAAAUCCAGUCUUAUCAAGGAUUGUUUGAUCAGAGUUUCAGUGUUCAUGGCUACUGCUUUGGUGAUGAGAAAAUGGCUGUCGACCUCAUUGAUUUUAUAGCCGAUAUGACUGAUGAUGCUGUGGUGCCUGAUAUCUUUGAUGAAACUUCUAAUGAAUUACCAGCUACACCUCCUCCAACUGCUGUCAGUGCACUGGAGUCUGUGAAACCAGAACUUUCCUGCUUAAAGGGUAGGAGCAGUCCAGCCCCAACCGAGACCACUUUCUUAGUAAAUGCAGAGGAAGGUUUCGCUCUUGCACUGGUUGUUGCCUCACGAGUGGAGAUAGCCCCGCCUACUCGGCAGCUCAUGGAGUGGAAGGAGAAUGGAGGAGUGAAGCAGCUCUUCUCCAAUUUUUGCCUUCCACUCUCACACCCUGACUUAAAGCAGCUGUUCCCUUGUGGCACAUCACCUAACAGACCAGGCUUGGAGGGAGGAGUGAGACAGCAGACUGACCCAGAGGAGAUGAGAGAGCAAUCUAGAGAGGAGGUCUGGGAAAACUCAGCUCAGCCGGUUCUGGAUGACUGGAAUUUGCUGCAAGACUCUGUUGGUCCAGAUCAAGCAGCAGGCGGAGACACUACUGUAGAAGUUUCUGUCACUCAUCCUGAACCUCCACCUCCCUGGAACACCAACAGUGAGAUUAGAUUGGAGGUGUCGCAUCCAGAGCCUCUCUCUGAGAUCUCCAUGCAUGUUAUCCCAUCUGGAGAUAUGAGGGAAACCCCACUGACUCACACACAGUUUUCUCUGAACAGCCAGGAUGUAGAGGAUAAGAGAAUGACCAGUCGGGCACACAACCUCCUCCAGGCCCUCAAAAAACAAGACUCUACCCCCAGUGCCAUGUACAGCCUUUAUGCUUUAUGUGAAAGCAGCAGUCGUUCAUAUGUGGCAGCCAUAUUUUUCUGCCUGCUGGUCUUGAGGAAACAACAAAUCACCAAUUUGCACCAGAGUGCAAAUAUAUAUAUAUAUAUGUAGUACUCAGAUCUGUAUGAGCUGGGCUAUAGGUGAAAAGUACCGUAGAGCAGCUGACAACACAGUGAAUGGUCUCCAUAUAAAGUGAUCAUUAAUAUGAUUGUUUCAGUUUAACCAAUUUCAUGAACUAAAUUAACUAAAUCCUUGUUCAUUACUUGAAAAGUGAGUUGGCAUGGAUUGAAACUCAAGCCUGAAUUGGUAUUGGUCUUUUUGUCCUACAGUUUAAUGUAAUAAUUGUUAUUUUCCAAAAACAGUUGUGCUAUGUGUUGAUUAUUAUGAUAUGUAUGUUCUUUUUACCCAAUUCUUG